AUGUCUAUUAUGACUUAUAAUGGUGGUGCCAUCAUGGCAAUGAAAGGAAAGGAAUGUGUUGCUUUUGCAACAGAUAUGAGACUUGGAUCUAAUGGCUACAGAACUGUUAGUACUAACUUUGAUAAAAUUAUAAGACCUAGUUCAAAAACAUUGAUGGGAUUUUCAGGAUUAGCUACAGAUAUUCACACUUUAACAAAUUUGAUCAAAUUUAAAACAAACUUGUACCAUUUAAGAGAAGAGAGAGAGAUUGGCGUUAAGGCACUUAGCCAUAUGACGGCUUCCAUUUUAUAUAGCAAACGAUUCAGUCCAUAUUUUGUGGAACCAAUUGUAGCAGGUCUUGAUAACAAUAAUGUUCCUUUUAUUGCUGGAUAUGAUCUUAUUGGUUGUUUAUCAGUGUGUAAUGAAUUUGCAAUUUCUGGAACAGCUGAUAAUCAACUUUUUGGUAUCUGUGAAUCGUAUUAUAGACCUGAUUUAGAACCUGAUGAGCUUAUGGAGAUUGCCUCACAAUGUAUGCUUUCUGGUAUUGAUAGAGAUGCAUUUUCUGGAUGGGGUUGCAAAGUUUAUCUACUUACUCCCGAGAAGCUUGUUACUAAAACUUUGAAAUCAAGAAUGGAUUAA